AACCAAAACUGUUCAGUCCUCUGUAAAGAACAGCACCCAUGUGCUGGGUACACUUUCAUUCCUAACCCCCAAAGCCAGGCCCCCUGAAAGAAAAUGGGCGAAUCGGCCCCCACAGACAAGAGAUUGCUGUUUUUAGAAGAUUAUGUACUAAAAACUCUGAAAUUAAAACCAGAUCGCUGGCAGAAAUGCGUCUCGACAGAAGAAAACAAAACGAUCCUUCAGGACUUCUUGGAGAAAGCGGAUCAGUUACUGCUGGUGGUGGCUUUGAAUCCUGCGGGGCAGCUGGUCCCCACGUUAGAUUUCCCAAAAACCAACAAAAACAAAUCCGUUUUCUUUCUGAAAAGGAGCAGUGCGUUCCUGAGCGCCGACUCCAUGAAGACCGGCUUGAUUUACGGCGAUCUUUCCUACGCCCCCCUUGAUCACUUCUCUGCCUUGGUGGAAGAGGUCGUGGUGCCAGUUCUAGCCAACCAGAAGAACCAUCAGAGUUGGCCUCACGUGGUCUCCCAAGAUGUCAUGCGUCACGUGAACAAUUUAAAAAGUAACAUAUAUGUUAUGAUGGGUCAGUUUCAUGGAAAAACCCUACUUCCUCUUCCAGCGGGUUCUGAGAAGGUGGAGUACGCGGAUUAUGAAAACGAGAAAUGCAAUGACCUCUUGGAUAAAACCAUUGUACACUCGAUUGAAUCUGCCAUUAUACAAUGGAGCCACCAGGUUCGAGGGGUGUUGAAGAAAGAGUCCUCUGAACCACUUUUACAGGGGAAGAACCCAACUCCCAACACAGAGAUUGACUUCUGGAAGAACAGAUAUGCCGACCUGGACUGUAUUUAUAACCAGCUGAGGACCAAGAAAGUGCGCAAGAUGGCUGAGCUCCUUGAGAAAGUCCAGAGCAGCUAUUUCCCAGCAUUCAAAGCAUUGUUCCGCGAUGUUGUAGCAGCCUUGUCUGAAGCCCAAGACAUUAAUUUACACCUGAAACCCCUGCAACGCCACUUUGAAGAAAUUGAGAAUGUGGAAUUUAAUGAAGUGAAGCCACUAAUUGUCCCUCUCCUACAUGUGAUGUGCUUGUUGUGGGCGCGCUCCAAAUACUACAACACUCCCGCCCGAAUCAUUGUGCUAAUGCAGGAAGUAUGCAACCUUUUCAUUCAACAGGCUCGGAGCUACUUGAAUCCUGAAGACUUGUUGAAAGGAGAGAUUGAAGAAAGCCUCGGUAAAGUUCAGGAGGUCCUUGGCACCUUUCGUUUCUUCAUACAUACAUUUGAAGAGAAGAGGGAAAAGAUCAAGGACUACUUCCAGAAUGGGGAGGAAGUGAAGCCUUGGGACUUCCCGUCCAUAAUGGUCUUCACAAGGUUGGACGUAUUCUUAAAGAGAAUGGAAACCAUAGAGGAUCUCUUGCUCACUGCUGUGGACAUGAUGAAACUUGAAAAAAUAGAAUUUGGAGGCAUUAAAGGUAAAGUUCUGAGUCUGAUGGUUGCCGAUAUGUACCAAGAAUUCCAAGACAUCUACAAAGUAUUCUCUGAGAGGACCUACGACUGCCUGGAUACAAAUAACAAGGAAUUUGAAGACGAUGUCUUGGAGUUCAAACUAAGUAUACAAGACAUGGAUCGAAGGCUGGGAGCGGUGUUCUGCCAGGGAUUCAAUGAUGCUUCUGGCCUCGAGCAUGCCUUUAGGUUACUAGAUAUGUUUGGUAAUCUCCUGGACAGACCUCUUGUCGUAGAGGAUGCUUUCAAAAAAUACCCUUUGCUGAUCACCAUGUUUGAUCAUGAACUAGACUCUGCGAAAGUUCUCUUUGAUAAACACGUACAGAAUGAUGAGGAACAAGGAUAUCCACAGAUUAACAAGAACAUGCCUCUGGUAACUGGAAACUUGAAUUGGGCUCAGGAGCUAAGGGAGCGUCUGCAGAUCCCGUACAGCAAUUUCAGACAUAUAACACAUCCCUGCAUGGACUCAGCAAAUGGAAAUAGAAUGAAGCAGAAGUACAAAGAAAUGAUGGAUCUUCUCGACAAGUACACAGAGAAACUCUAUAGUGCGUGGUGCCAGACAGUAUCUGAAAAGUCCCAGUACAACCUGUUGAGGCCGCUUAUUGUGCGCGAUGAGAGCAAUAAGCUGGUCUCCGUUAAUUUUGACCCACAGCUUGUCUCAGUGCUCCGGGAAGUUAAGUAUCUACAAACACUUCAGAUGGAGACCAUUCCUAAGGAAGCUGAGGAUAUAUUUGCGUCUAAGGAAUCUUACCGGACAUAUACUGCCAAUCUUGAACUGACUGUCAACUGGUACAACAAGGUCAUAAAAACUAUAUUGGAGGUGGAAUUUCCUUUGGUGGAAGAGCAGCUUAAAGCAAUUGACAUCCGAUUAAAAAAUGCAGAAGAGUCAUUAAACUGGAAAACAGAUGGCAUCUGGGAAUACAUUCAGGAAGUUAGAGACACUGUCCAUGAUCUUGAACGAAGGGUACAAAAAGCAAGAGACAAUGUGGAGGAAAUCCAAACCAUCAUGAAAACUUGGGUGCUGCCCAUCUUUGAAAGGAAAGAUGGCAAGAGAGACUCUCUCCUAAAUCUUGAUGACCGAACUGAACGGCUUGAGAAGCGCUACAACCUCAUCAGAGAAUCAGGAAACAAAAUUCAUUCUUUGCUGAAGGAAAAUCUGACACUGUUCUCUGCAGACCCUGUGUCUGACAUUUGGAAAGCCUAUGUGGAUUAUAUUGAUCAAAUGGUUCUAGAUGGGUUCUUCAACGCUAUUGAAUGUUCCUUGAAAUUCCUCCUGGAUAACACAGAUUCCAAAACUGGUCUUGCUCCAUUAUUUGAGGUUGCCCUGGAUCUUGUAAUCCCAGACAUGGUGUUCAGGCCUUCUCUAGACCUUGGUGCUAGUGAUGGAUUAUAUGAUAUUAUUGAGGGUCUCAUCAAUGACAUCUACAGGAUUUCAUCUUUGGUGCCUAGACUAGCUGAGCACAGUACUUUUCCUCACUACCAGGCUGAUAUGGAAGACAUGGCUGAUUUAGCUGACAUGCGCAACUUCCUCAUGGAGUGUGUUCAGACUAUGAUGACCAGGUGUUCCGAAUACCGGAACUCAUUUGAUCACUAUUCUUACCUGUAUGUGGAUGAUCGGAAGGAGUUCAUGCGGCAAUUUCUCUUGUAUGGCCAUGUGCUGACUGCUGAAGAGAUAGAAGCUCAUGCAGAAGAUGGAGUUCCAGAGACUCCACCAACCCUACAGCAGUUCAGAGAACAGAUUGAUUCCUAUGAGAAGAUCUACGAUGAAGUGAAUCGAAUGGAGCCUAUUAACAUCUUUGACAGCUGGAUGAAGGUUGACGCCCAGCCUUUUAAAUCUGCUCUACUCAAUGUGAUUAAGAGAUGGAGUCUAAUGUUCAAACAGCAUCUUAUUGACCAUGUGACAAACAGUUUAUCUGAUCUUGAAGAGUUUAUCAAGGUGGCAGAGCGAGGCUUGUCUAUGCAGCUGAAAGAAGGUGAUUAUAACGGCUUGGUGGAAAUAAUGGGCCACUUGAUGGCCGUCAAGGAAAGACAGACCAGCACUGACGAGCUCUUUGAACCUCUGAAGCAAACCAUCGAACUGUUGAAGGUUUAUGAGCAAGAACUGCCUGACGAAGUCUAUAAACAGUUGGAGGAACUGCCGGAGAAAUGGAAUAAUAUUAAGAAAAUGGCAGUCACAGUGAAGCAGCAAGUGGCCCCUCUGCAAGCUAACGAAGUAGCACUCUUGCGCAGAAAAUGUGCCACCUUCGAUGUUCAGCAGCAUCACUACAGAGAAAAGUUCAGAAAGGAGGCGCCAUUCAGGUUUGACAGUAUCUCUCCAUACUUAAUGCUUGAUGCCAAAAACACAGAAAUUAAUAAAAUGGAAGCCACAAUGGCGUUGAUUUCUGAAUCUGCAGCCUUGUUCGAAGUCAAUGUCCCUGAUUAUAAGCAGCUUAAACAGUGCAGGAAGGAGGUCUGCCUCCUCAAAGAACUGUGGGAUAUGAUUACCCUCAUAACAUCCAGCAUGAAUGACUGGCAGACCACCAGAUGGAGAGAGAUCAACGUGGAUAAUAUGGAUUUGGAGUGCAAAAGGUUUGCAAAGGACAUUCGAAAUUUGGAUAAAGAAAUGAGGGCUUGGGAUGCCUUCAUUGGACUCGAUAACAAAGUGAAAAACAUCCUGACCUCUUUGAGAGCUGUAGCUGAGCUUCAGAACCCCGCCAUCCGUGAAAGGCACUGGAGCCAACUUAUGCAAGCAACCGGCGUCAGAUUCACAAUGGAUGAAGAAACUACUCUUGCUGAUCUACUCAAACUUAACCUCCAUAAUUUUGAAGAUGAAGUUCGUGGGAUUGUGGAUAAAGCUGUCAAAGAAAUGGGUAUGGAGAAGGUGUUGAAAGAACUUGAUUCAAUCUGGAGUGGCAUGAACUUUCAGUACGAGCAACAUCCUCGUACCAGUGUACCACUGAUAAAAUCGGACGAAGAGCUUAUUGAAACUUUGGAGGACAAUCAAGUACAACUUCAGAACCUGAUGACCUCCAAGUACAUAGCAUUCUUCCUGGAAGAAGUUUCAGGCUGGCAAAAGAAAUUGUCCACAGCUGACUCUGUAAUUUCCAUCUGGUUUGAAGUUCAACGCACAUGGUCUCAUCUGGAAAGCAUUUUCAUUGGUUCAGAUGAUAUUCGAUCGCAACUUCCAGAGGAUUCACAGCGCUUUGAAGGCAUUGACAUGGAUUUCAAAGAGCUGGCAAACGAUGCCAAAGGGACACCUAACGUGGUCGAAGCUACCAAUAAACCUGGGCUUUACGAAAAGUUGGAAGAUAUUCAAGAAAGGUUGUCUUUAUGUGAGAAAGCUUUGGCUGAAUACCUAGACACAAAGAGGCUUGCCUUCCCAAGGUUUUACUUCAUCUCUUCUGCGGACCUACUGGAUAUUCUUUCCAAUGGGACUAAUCCCCAACUUGUCAUGCGUCAUCUCUCAAAGUUAUUUGACAACAUGGCCAAGAUGAAGUUUGAAGGAGAUUCUGAUGAUACUCAGUCCAAAACAGGGCUUGGGAUGUACAGCAAAGAGGACGAAUAUGUCCCUUUCAACCAACCUUGUGACUGCAGCGGGCAGGUGGAAACGUGGUUGAACCGUGUGCUGGAUUCUAUGAGGGCUACAGUUAGACAUGAAAUGACUGAAGCCGUCACGGCAUAUGAAGAGAAACCAAGGGAACAGUGGCUUUUUGACUAUCCUGCACAGGUGGCACUCACAUGCACACAGAUUUGGUGGACCACAGAAGUGGGUAUUUCUUUUGCUCGGCUGGAAGAAGGCUAUGAGAAUGCUAUGAAAGAAUAUUACAAGAAACAGGUCAACCAACUGAACACGCUCAUUACCAUGCUCAUUGGAAAGCUGUCCCAGGGAGAAAGACAGAAAAUUAUGACUAUCUGUACCAUCGAUGUCCACGCUCGGGACGUGGUCUCCAAGAUUAUCGCACAAAAGGUUGAUAAUGCCCAGGCCUUCGUGUGGCUGUCACAACUGAGGCACCGCUGGGACGACGACAAGAAGCAUUGCUUUGCCAACAUAUGUGAUGCCCAGUUCCUCUACUCUUAUGAAUAUCUUGGCAAUACGCCCCGUCUGGUUAUCACUCCACUGACAGACAGAUGUUACAUCACGCUGACCCAAUCCCUCCACCUCACCAUGAGUGGUGCUCCAGCUGGGCCGGCCGGUACCGGAAAAACAGAGACCACCAAAGACUUGGGGCGAGCCCUGGGUAUAAUGGUCUAUGUGUUCAACUGCUCUGAGCAGAUGGAUUACAAGUCCUGUGGAAAUAUCUAUAAAGGUCUGUCUCAGACGGGAGCCUGGGGCUGUUUUGAUGAGUUUAACAGAAUUUCUGUGGAAGUGCUUUCUGUGGUGGCGGUACAGGUAAAAAGUAUACAAGAUGCUAUUAGAGACAAGAAGAAACGGUUCAAUUUUCUGGGAGAGGAGAUCAAUUUGAUUCCAUCUGUUGGUAUCUUUAUCACAAUGAAUCCUGGGUACGCUGGCCGAACGGAGCUUCCUGAAAAUCUGAAGGCAUUAUUCCGACCCUGUGCCAUGGUGGUACCAGAUUUUGAACUGAUCUGUGAAAUCAUGUUGGUGGCAGAAGGCUUCAUUGACGCCAGGCUGUUGGCAAGAAAAUUUAUCACCCUUUACCAGCUGUGCAAAGAACUUCUGUCUAAACAGGACCAUUAUGACUGGGGCUUAAGAGCCAUCAAAUCUGUAUUGGUUGUUGCUGGUUCGCUGAAGCGAGGGGACCCUGACCGCCCUGAAGAUCAGGUCCUCAUGAGAGCCUUGCGUGAUUUUAACAUUCCCAAGAUCGUGACAGAUGACAUGCCGGUAUUUAUGGGACUCAUUGGGGACCUCUUCCCUGCUCUAGAUGUUCCCAGGAAGAGAGACCUUGACUUUGAGAAGUUUGUGAAGCAAGCUGUUCUGGACCUCAAACUACAAGCCGAAGAUAACUUUGUGUUAAAGGUCGUCCAGCUGGAAGAGCUGCUGGCCGUACGGCAUUCUGUGUUCAUUGUGGGCAAUGCCGGUACUGGAAAAUCUCAGGUGCUCAAAUCUCUGAACAAAACCUACCAGAUCAUGAAGAGGCGGCCUGUUUGGACCGACCUUAAUCCCAAAGCAGUCACCAAUGAUGAACUUUUUGGCAUCAUUAACCCAGCCACAAGAGAAUGGAAAGAUGGGCUUUUUUCCUCAAUCAUGCGUGAACUGGCAAACGUUACACAUGAUGGACCCAAGUGGAUUGUCCUUGAUGGAGAUAUUGAUCCAAUGUGGAUUGAGUCCCUGAACACGGUCAUGGAUGAUAAUAAGGUCCUUACAUUAGCCAGUAAUGAGCGUAUCCCACUGAACCCAACUAUGCGUCUGGUGUUUGAAAUCAGUCAUUUGCGAACUGCAACUCCAGCUACAGUAUCCAGAGCGGGGAUUCUCUACAUCAAUCCAGCAGAUCUGGGAUGGAAUCCACCGGUAACCAGUUGGAUUGACAAGAGGGAGGUCCAAUCAGAAAAGGCCAAUCUGACAAUCCUGUUUGACAAAUACCUUCCCCUGUGUCUGGACACUCUCAGAUCCAGAUUUAAGAAGAUCAUCCCAAUCCCUGAACAAAGUAUGGUGCAAAUGCUGUGUUACCUCCUGGAGUGUCUGCUCACCAAAGAAAACACCCCUCCAGAUUGUCCCAAGGAAUUGUAUGAGCUCUACUUCGUAUUCGCAGCAGUGUGGGCGUUUGGAGGAGCCAUGUUUCAGGACCAGCUUGUUGAUUACAGGUCGGAGUUCAGCAAGUGGUGGGUAACAGAAUUUAAGACCAUCAAAUUCCCAUCUCAGGGGACUGUGUUCGACUACUUCAUAGACCCAGAAAGCAAGAAAUUCGAGCCGUGGGCCAAGCUCAUCCCAAAAUUUGAAUUCGAUGCAGAUAUGCCACUCCAGGCCUGCUUAGUGCAUACCAAUGAAACAAUCAGAGUCCGUUAUUUCAUGGACAAACUGCUGGAGAAAAAGAGGCCUGUGAUGUUGGUUGGAAAUGCUGGCACUGGAAAGUCGGUGCUCGUUGGGGACAAGUUGUCUUCGUUGGAUCCUGAUGAGUAUAUGAUAAAGAAUGUCCCGUUUAACUACUACACGACUUCUGCAAUGCUGCAAGCUAUUCUUGAAAAACCACUGGAAAAAAAAUCGGGCAGGAAUUAUGGCCCACCCGGCACCAAGAAGCUAAUCUACUUCAUUGAUGACAUGAAUAUGCCAGAGGUGGACACAUAUGGUACGGUGCAGCCUCACACCUUGAUUCGACAACACAUGGAUUAUGGCCACUGGUAUGACCGCAAUAAACUCACUGUGAAAGAAAUUAUGAAUGUCCAAUAUGUGUCAUGUAUGAACCCCACAGCUGGGAGCUUCACCAUCAACCCCCGGCUGCAGCGUCACUUCAGUGUGUUUGCCCUCUCCUUCCCUGGCAUUGAUGCCUUGUCUACAAUCUACAACACCAUCCUGGCACAACAUCUCAAGAUGGGAAACUUCCCUGUGCCGGUGCAGAAGACCUCCCUACAACUCAUAAACCUGGCCUUAUCUCUACACCAGAAAGUGACCUCCACCUUCCUUCCUACUGCUAUUAAAUUCCACUACAUCUUCAACUUGCGAGACCUCUCCAAUAUCUUCCAGGGCAUCCUGUUUUCAACACCCGACUGUCUGAAAACCCCGCAGGACUUGGUGAAACUUUACCUUCAUGAGUCAAACCGCGUGUACAGAGACAAGAUGGUGGAAGAGAAAGAUUUCGAUAUAUUUGACAAAAUACAAGUUGAAAUGGUGAAAAAAUACUAUGAUGACAUAGAAGAAACUCUAGAACAAACGAGGGAGAUGAACAUGUUCUGCCAUUUUGCCAACGGAGUAGGAGAACCAAAAUACAUGCCAGUUCAGUCUUGGGAGUCCUUAAAUAAAAUCCUGGUGGAUGCGUUGGACAACCACAAUGAGGUCAACGCUGCAAUGAGCCUAGUCCUGUUUGAAGAUGCCAUGUGUCACAUCUGCCGAAUCAACCGUAUCCUGGAGUCCCCCAGAGGGAAUGCUCUGCUGGUUGGAGUGGGUGGAAGCGGCAAGCAGAGCUUGACACGUCUUGCAGCUUAUAUUAGCUCGUUGGAAGUCUUCCAGAUUACUCUCAGGAAAGGCUAUGGGAUUCCAGAUCUAAAGGCUGACCUCGCAAACCUUUAUAUUAAAGCAGGUGUAAAGAACGUAGGCACAGUUUUUCUAAUGACUGACGCACAAGUAGCCGAUGAAAAGUUCCUUGUUCUUGUGAACGAUCUGCUGGCCUCCGGUGAGAUUCCAGAUUUGUUCCCUGACGAUGAAGUGGAAAAUAUUAUUGGAAGCGUCCGGAAUGAAGUGAAAAGCGUUGGUCUGAUGGAUACCCGGGAGAAUUGUUGGAAAUUCUUCAUAGAUAGAGUUCGGAGGCAACUCAAGAUUGCACUAUGCUUCUCUCCUGUUGGCAACAAGCUGCGUAUACGGAGCAGGAAAUUCCCUGCUGUGGUCAACUGUACAGCCAUUGACUGGUUCCAUGAGUGGCCAAGAGAGGCUCUUGAGUCUGUGAGUCUGCGCUUCCUCCAGGAAACAGAGAUUAUCGAGCCUCCCAUAAAAGACUCCAUAAGUAAGUUCAUGGCCUAUGUCCACAUGAGUGUUAAUGAAAUGUCCAGAAGUUACCUGAGCAAUGAACGUCGGUACAAUUACACGACUCCCAAAUCCUUCCUGGAGCAGAUCAAGCUGUACAAGACUCUACUGCAGAAGAAAGGAAAGGAAUUGUCUGCCAAGAUGGAACGCCUGGAGAAUGGCCUUCAGAAACUAAAUAGUACUGCAGCGCAGGUUGAUGAUUUGAAAGCCAAGUUGGCUUCACAGGAGGUGGAGCUUAAACAAAAGAAUGAAGAUGCUGAUAAACUCAUUCAAGUUGUGGGAGUAGAAACCGAGAAAGUAUCUAAAGAAAAAGCUAUAGCUGACGAGGAAGAAAAGAAAGUGGCUGUAAUUGCAGAGGAGGUGGGUCGAAAGCAGAGGGACUGUGAAGAAGACUUGGCCAAGGCAGAACCAGCAUUAAAAGCUGCAGUGGAGGCUUUGAAUACUCUGAAUAAGAACAAUCUGACUGAGUUGAAGAGCUUUGGUGCACCACCAACAGCAGUUGUCAAUGUUGUUGCGGCAGUUACGGUUCUCGCAGCUCCUGGUGGUAAAAUUCCCAAGGACAGGAGCUGGAAAACAGCCAGAGGGAUCAUGAACAAAGUGGAUACAUUCUUGGACUCACUGGUGAACUUCGACAAGGAGCAUAUACAUGAAAAUUGUAUAAAGUCCAUUCAGCCAUACCUGAUGGAUGCAGAAUUCAACCCAGAAUUCAUUGCUUCAAAAUCCAAUGCUGCAGCCGGGCUCUGCUCAUGGGUCAUCAACAUUGUCAAGUUUUAUGAAGUCUACUGUGAGGUGGAACCUAAGCGCCAAGCACUAAAUAAAGCAAAUGCGGAAUUAGCGGCUGCCGAAGAAAAAUUGAGCAGUAUCAAAGCCAAAAUUGCUUUACUCAAUGAGAACCUUGCAAAGCUGACGGCAAAGUUUGAAAAGGCCACCGCUGAGAAGCUUAAGUGUCAACAGGAAGCCGAAGCCACAGCCCUCACUAUCUCUCUCGCCAACCGUUUGGUUGGUGGGUUGGCCUCGGAAAACGUAAGGUGGGCAGAAGCGGUCAGAAACUUCAAGCUGCAGGAGAGCACAUUGUGCGGAGAUGUUCUCCUGAUCACGGCCUUUGUUUCAUACCUGGGUUACUUCACCAAAAAAUACAGGCUGGACCUCAUGGACAAAACCUGGAAACCAUACCUGAGUCAACUCAAAACUCCCAUUCCUGUAACUGAAGCUUUGGAUCCUCUUACCAUGCUGACUGACGAUGCAGAUAUUGCAACCUGGCAAAAUGAAGGACUUCCUGCUGACCGCAUGUCUACGGAAAAUGCCACCAUUCUUACUAGCUGCGAGAGGUGGCCACUUAUGGUCGAUCCUCAACUACAAGGGAUCAAGUGGAUCAAGAACAGAUAUGGAGAAGACCUUCGAGUGAUCCGAAUUGGGCAGAGAGGAUACCUGGACACAUUAGAGAGGGCUCUGGCAGGUGGUGAAGUUGUCCUGAUUGAAAACCUGGAGGAGAAUGUGGAUCCGGUCCUUGGACCAUUGCUUGGAAGAGAAACCAUCAAAAAGGGAAGAUACAUCAAAAUCGGCGACAAGGAAUGUGAAUAUAGCCCAAAUUUCCGUCUUAUCCUACAUACCAAACUGGCCAACCCUCAUUAUCAACCAGAGAUGCAGGCUCAGUGCACCCUGAUUAAUUUCACGGUGACUCGAGACGGCCUUGAAGAUCAGUUACUGGCCGCGGUAGUUAGCAUGGAGAGACCAGAUUUGGAGGAGCUGAAGUCUAAUCUGACUAAGCAGCAGAAUGGGUUUAAGAUUACCUUGAAGACAUUGGAAGAUAACCUGCUUUCCCGACUCUCUUCUGCCUCUGGAAACUUCCUGGGGGAUACCGCCCUGGUGGAGAACCUGGAAAUCACAAAAAAAACUGCUGCAGAAAUUGAAGAGAAGGUCCAAGAAGCCAAAGUGACGGAAGCAAAGAUAAAUGAAGCAAGAGAACACUAUCGUCUGGCUGCUGCGCGUGCCUCAUUGCUGUACUUCAUAAUGAAUGACUUAAAUAAGAUCCACCCCAUGUAUCAGUUCUCUCUAAAGGCGUUCAGUGUGGUUUUCCAGCAGGCCGUACAGAAGGCACCAUCUGACGAGAUCCUAAAACAGCGCGUGGUUAACCUGAUUGACAGCAUUACAUUCUCAGUGUUCCAGUACACAACUAGGGGUCUGUUUGAAUGUGACAAGUUAACUUACACAGCACAGCUGGCUUUCCAGAUCCUUCUAAUGAAUAAAGAGAUUAAUAUCAUAGAGUUAGAUUUCCUCCUCCGAUAUCCGGCCCAACCCGGUCUUACAAGCCCAGUAGAUUUUCUUUCCAACCAGUCCUGGGGUGGUAUCAAGGCUCUGUCGGCCAUGGAUGAAUUUCGAAAUCUGGAUCGAGACAUUGAAGGGUCUGCCAAACGCUGGAAAAAGUUUGUGGAAUCGGAAUGUCCCGAAAAAGAGAAACUCCCCCAAGAGUGGAAAAACAAAACUGCCCUACAGAGGUUGUGUAUGAUGAGAGCGAUCAGACCCGACCGUAUGACAUACGCUGUUCGAGAUUUUGUGGAGGAAAAACUAGGCAGUAAAUACGUUGUGGGUCGUUCCCUGGAUUUUGCAAUGUCAUUUGAAGAGUCCGGCCCGGCUACUCCCAUGUUUUUCAUUUUGUCUCCUGGAGUGGAUCCUCUGAAGGAUGUAGAGAAACAAGGCAGGAAACUCGGAUACACUUUUGACAAUCAGAAUCUUCACAAUGUUUCGUUGGGUCAAGGUCAAGAGAUCGUAGCUGAGCAAGCUCUAGAUCUGGCCGCCAAAGAAGGCCAUUGGGUCAUCCUCCAGAACAUACAUCUGGUGGCCAAGUGGCUUGGAAACUUGGAGAAAAAGUUAGAACAUCACAGUGAAGGAAGUCAUAAGGAAUUCCGUGUCUUCAUCAGUGCUGAGCCUGCAGGUUCCCCUGAAGGGCACAUCAUUCCCCAAGGCAUCUUGGAGAAUUCCAUUAAAAUCACCAAUGAGCCUCCAACCGGCAUGCAUGCCAACCUUCACAAAGCAUUGGACAACUUUAAUCAAGACACACUGGAGAUGUGCGCCCGUGAAACAGAGUUCAAAAGCAUCCUCUUUGCCCUGUGCUAUUUCCAUGCUGUGGUGGCAGAGAGAAGGAAAUUUGGACCCCAAGGCUGGAAUCGCUCGUACCCCUUUAAUACAGGAGAUCUCACCAUAUCUGUCAACGUACUCUAUAACUAUCUAGAGGCCAACGCCAAGGUGCCAUAUGAUGACCUACGCUAUCUAUUCGGUGAGAUUAUGUAUGGUGGUCACAUCACCGAUGACUGGGACAGAAGACUGUGCAGGACGUACCUGGAGGAGUAUAUCAAACCAGAAAUGUUGGAAGGGGAAUUGUUUCUGGCCCCCGGAUUUCCUCUACCAGGAAAUACGGAUUACAAUGGGUAUCACCAGUACAUUGAUGACGUUUUGCCAGCGGAAUCCCCUUACUUAUAUGGACUGCACCCCAACGCGGAGAUCGGAUUUCUUACCCAGACAUCCGAGAAUCUAUUCCGGACCGUGUUAGAGAUGCAGCCGCGUGACAGCAGCAUGGGCGAAGGAGGAGGAGUAACACGAGAGGAAAAGGUGAAAGCCACUCUAGAUGAGAUCCUGGAGAAGCUCCCAGAGGAAUUUAACAUCCCCGAGCUCAUGUCGAAGGUGGAAGAGAGAACACCAUAUAUUGUAGUCGCUUUCCAGGAAUGCGAGAGGAUGAACACAUUGACCAAUGAGAUAAAACGUUCCCUCAAAGAGCUGGAUUUAGGCCUGAAGGGUGAACUGACUAUGACCAGUGACAUGGAGAACUUGCAGAAUGCUAUCUUCCUGGACCAAGUUCCUGAAUCCUGGACUAAGAGAGCUUAUCCAUCCAUGGCGGGACUAGCAAGUUGGUUUGUUGACCUCCUGAGUCGUAUCAAAGAACUGGAAACCUGGACGGGAGACUUUGCUCUGCCAUCAGCUGUCUGGCUCGCAGGAUUCUUUAAUCCUCAGUCCUUCCUCACCGCGAUCAUGCAGUCUAUGGCCAGGAAGAAUGAAUGGCCUCUAGAUAAGAUGACAUUGCAAUGUGAUGUGACCAAAAAGAAUCGUGAAGACUUCAGUAGCCCCCCACGUGAAGGAGCAUACGUACAUGGCUUGUAUAUGGAAGGAGCACGCUGGGAUACACAGACUGGGAUUAUCACAGAUGCUCGACUCAAAGAGCUAACUCCAGCCAUGCCUGUGAUCUUCAUUAAGGCAAUACCAGUGGACAAGCAAGAUACCCGGAAUGUAUAUGCCUGUCCAGUCUAUAAAACGCGGCAGAGAGGACCCACCUACGUAUGGACAUUCAACCUUAAAACAAAGGAGAAUCCUUCAAAAUGGGUUCUGGCUGGUCUCGCCUUGCUUUUACAGAUUUGAAUCCAUAAGAAGAAAGAGUAUACUGUCCAAAGACUUCUAAACACAGACAAACUGAAUCAUCUCCUAUUUUUGCACAUUUUUUUUGAUGAUGGAGUACAUAAAGUAUCACAUAAACUCAGACAUUAGGAAAUGCCUAUCUGAACAGACAGUGCACCAUACUCUCAACUAAUGGUUGUUUUAUAUAGAUCUUUACAAUGUAUUGCAUUAUGUUUAAGAGUUAAGGCUGUUCCUGGGUAAAACAAAGCAUUGAUGUAAAGAGAGACACACAGUUGGUACAUUGUAUGGAAAUAAAAUAAUACACCCUCGCCCCCACUAAAUAAAUUUGGUUAACAUCUGGCAGCGUAAAGGAAUGCAAUAGCAAAACCUCUGGUUCCACUAGAACCCCUUUUCCAGCAGCAGCCAUAAUGAAGGAACACUAUUGGCAUUAAAACAAUUUGGGUUAAUGAAGCAGUUUGGGUGUAUAGAUCAUUCCCCUAUUCUCUGCCAUUUGGGAGUUAAGUCACUCA